AAAAAGUUACUCGACAAUUUCCUCCUUAAUUUUUACUAGUUUUUGUUGCUUUAUUUUUCUUUCGAAAGAAAGAAGAAAAAGAAGAAGAAGAAGAAGCAACAUGUUGCUUGCUAUACUAAUAGCCAAUUCUGAGGGCAAUAUACUUGUAGAACGUUUCAAUGGAGUUCCAACAGAGGAAAGUCUACAUUGGCGGUCUUUCUUAGUUAGAUUGGGAGCAGAAAAUCUUAAAGGGGUAAAAAAUGAGGAGCUUCUUGUAGCUUGUCACAAAUCAGUUUAUGUGGUAUACACAAUAUUAGGAGGUGUUAGCAUAUAUGUGGUUGGCAAAGAAGAAUAUGAUGAACUUGUUUUAUCAGAAGUAAUCUAUGUAGUUACUUCAAUUGUGAGAGAUGCAUGUGGAAAGCCUCCAAGUGAACGUCUCUUCCUAGACAAGUAUGGAAAAAUAUGCUUGUGUUUAGAUGAAAUUGUUUGUAAGGGGUUGCUCGAAAAUACAGAGAAAGACAGAAUCAAAAGACUUGUGAGAUUAAAACCGCCAUCAGAGUUAUGAGUGAUUAGCACCUCAACCUGCAUCACUUGUUUCAGCAGUGGCAGCUAUGGUUUUAGCAACGUUUAGCUUUAGCAAACCUGUGACUGUCCUGAAUAGGCUGGUCUACGCUUAGCCAAUAUUCCCAACUUAUUGUCUCGAUACUGACAACUCAGUGGAUAUUGAAUAGGUAACAUAUUCCGUCAAAACUGUAAAUUGAGCAUAAAAUAAAAGGUAACGGCAUCAACAAUAAUGGAGUUCGCCAAUUUGACAAAAUAAGAAUUUUUGUUCUAUUUAAAGUUUAAUAGCUAUGUCGAAUUAAGGUUCUUG